AUGACCGAGUGUGUGUGCAGAAAAGUGCAGUCUGGUUUACACUUGUACAGGUCUAAUCACGUGUACAGGUCUAAUCACGUGUACAGGUCUAUACACUUGUACAGGUCUAAUCACUUGUACAGGUCUAAUCACUUGUACAGGUCUAUACACUUGUACAGGUCUAUACACUUGUACAGGUCUAAUCACUUGUACAGGUCUAAUCACUUGUUCAGGUCUAUACACUUGUACAGGUCUAAUCACUUGUACAGGUCUAAUCACUUGUACAGGUCUAAUCACUUGUACAGGUCUAAUCACGUGUACAGGUCUAAUCACUUGUACAGGUCUAAUCACGUGUACAGGUCUAAUCACGUGUACAGGUCUAUACACUUGUACAGGUCUAAUCACUUGUACAGGUCUAAUCACUUGUACAGGUCUAUACACUUGUACAGGUCUAAUCACUUGUACAGGUCUAAUCACUUGUUCAGGUCUAUACACUUGUACAGGUCUAAUCACUUGUACAGGUCUAAUCACUUGUUCAGGUCUAAUCACUUGUACAGGUCUAAUCACGUGUACAGGUCUAAUCACUUGUACAGGUCUAAUCACGUGUACAGGUCUAAUCACUUGUACAGGUCUAAUCACUUGUACAGGUCUAAUCACUUGUACAGGUCUAAUCACUUGUACAGGUCUAAUCACUUGUACAGGUCUAAUCAUGUGUACAGGUCUAAUCACUUGUACAGGUCUAAUCACUUGUACAGGUCUAAUCACUUGUACAGGUCUAAUCACUUGUACAGGUCUAUACACUUGUACAGGUCUAAUCAUGUGUACAGGUCUAAUCACUUGUACAGGUCUAAUCACUUGUACAGGUCUAAUCAUGUGUACAGGUCUAAUCACUUGUACAGGUCUAAUCACUUGUACAGGUCUAAUCACUUGUACAGGUCUAUACACUGAAGUUGUGUCUUUUAUAAUACAUUGAAUUAUUAACAUUAUUAUUGUUGUGUAUUUUAGAAUGUGAACUCACUAUUAAUGAAUUUAUUUGCUACAGUUAUUGAUAAUUAAACAUAAAAGUACAUAAACCCGCA